CAGCCGCCUCCCAAGCACGUGACCAAACAUUCUACCCGAGUGCACGUGACCAAAUAUCCCUCAUUGGAGGCAUUUUUUUGUCCAGAAAGUUCUUUCUGCAGAGUUGAGAUCGAUCAAACAUCUUUUUCACCUAUUACUCAUCUUUAAAAAAAAUGGAACAAGACUGGAACGUUACUGUUUUGCGCAAGCGUGCUGCCGACAAGGCCAAGGUUUCCCGCACCCAAUCUGAAGUCAAUGCUGCUAGACGUGCUGGCGCAGUCGUUGCUACUGAGAAGAAGACCACUACUAACGCUGGUCAUGCCAACACCGACCAUGCUCGUAUCGCUAAGUUGGAUCGCGAUAACGAUGUCACUGCUCCACCAAAGAUUGACGUGUCCGUUGGUAAGGCUAUCCAAAAGGCUCGUGGUGAUAAGGGAUUAACCCAAAAGGACUUGGCUCAGUUGAUCAACGAAAAGCCUCAAGUCAACGAAUACGAAGCCGGAAAGGCUGUUCCUAACCAGCAGAUUUUGGGAAAGCUCGAACGUGCUUUGGGUGUCAAGCUUAGAGGAAAGGGUAUCGGUGAACCCUUGACCUUCGGCAAGAAGAAGUAAAUUGCCCAAUUUUUACUUUUCGCUUGAUCUCUUUGAAUCAAGAUUAGAUUACUGGACGGUGCGUACAGAUGAAAAGGAAC